CAGCGUACGUGACCUCCACUCGUUUUGGAGCUUAAAAGGAACGCAGUUUUCACAUCCGGCCCACUGCGGCGACAAGACAGAGGGUGUACGCGAGCCAAGACGAGCUAGAGUAAAUAUUUGAUACGAGCGACCGAAAACAAGGUUCAAGGCGCGGGAUCUCUUGUCACUGCUUCACGGAAAGCAGCGCAGCCAAGAGAGGAAACAAAUUGAAGUCGGGUACUGCAGCUGCUGCUUAUCAAGUCAAACCACCAACAGCUACGGAUGUCUUCGUCGUCGUCCUCCACCACCACCUCGCCAAAUGCAGGCAACAAUCUGAGUGCCCCCAUGGCAGUGGACGGCCAGGCCAGCUUCUUCCCGGCGGACGUGGUACACGCCGCCAAGGAUGUCUUGUCAUCCAUUGUGGGCUCAGCGAUGUGCGUCUACACUGGGCAGCCUUUCGAUACAGUAAAAGUACGAAUGCAAGCCCGUCCUGAGGCGUUCAGCUCUCCCAUUCAAUGUUUUAUCAGCACGUUCAGAGAAGAAGGGCUCCGGGCCCUUUGGAAGGGAAGCGUCCCCGCAUUGGUCGGCGCCGUCAGUGAGAACGCGGUCGCUUUCAGCGUCAACCAGCAGCUGAAGCGGAUAUUGGCCGAUUUGGAAGGAUACGGCCUGGGGAAUGAGAGCAACCAGGAAAGUCGGAAGGCGGAAGCGAAGGAGGAAAGCUUGGUUGUGCCCUUCUUGACGGGCGGUUUUACAGGCAUCUUCACCUCCGCCGCCCUCUGUCCCAGCGACGUGAUCAAAUGCAAAGUCCAGGUCUCCCGCGCCAUGCUAAAGACAGGAGAAACCGCCAUGGACGCCCAGGAAAUGCUGGUCCACGUCUUGAAGACCCAGGGUGUCAAGGGCUUGUUCGUGGGGCUGGGGGCCCAGUUUGCCCGCGACAUCCCUUUCUACGCCUUCUUCUUUGGGACCUACGAAUUGAGCUUGGUCGCCCUCAAGGCCUACACGACCAUGCCCCAAGAAGGAGCGUAUCUAGUGGCGGGUGGUUUGGCAGGUGUGGCGGGCUGGGCGGCCGUCAUGCCGAUCGACAUGGCCAAAAGCAUCAUACAAACCUCCCCGAACCCCAAAAGCCUCAUCCCUACCAUGAUGGACGUGGCGCGGACCAGGGGCCCGAUGGCCCUGUAUUCAGGUCUGGGAGUAGCUGUGUUCCGUGCCUUUCCUGCCAAUGCCGCCCUCUUCCUUGGAUAUGAGCUGGCCAGAGAAAUUUUGGACUAGCUUCCUCGACGCACGGCGUCAAGAGGAAGUUUAUUGUUGCUGAUGUUGCCAGAGGGCUGCAUAUAGGCCACCACACCACGCUUGAGAGCUUCCUCUUUUCGGUCCGUAGCUUUACUGUGCCAAGAAGCACAAUGGAACAAAUAAAGAAAUCUCACAUUCAUGCGUGUGAUGCGUAAUGAUGCAGCGAUGUAAAUAUACAUGCAUAACUCUCAUGGUUGGUACUUGGAAUUCCGACAGCAACUGUAGCAGAUCUGUCGCUCUAUCAGCAAUAGGAAAAAUGUUUAUAAAUGGUAGUGAGAGCUAGAUACAGCGCAUGUCUACAGAAUGGGGUAAUCCGUAUAGAAGGUUCUAAUGCAUCGAUACUACAACUACUUUCUUGUCACAUGAAGAGGGAGCAAUGGAAAUGAGGACUGUCGGUAGUAGAGUGGAUUUUCCGAGGGAUUAGAAGCGAAAUUUUACAAUAAGUUGAAAAUAAAAGCCAGAAAUAUUGGA